AUGAUUAAAUUAAAAAAACAUAUUUUUUUAAGAUUCUCAAAAUUAAAAAAUGUAGUUACAAAUAGUGAAAAAAAAUUACUAUAUAUUACUAAAAAGAAUAUAAGUAGUACUAUAGUAAAAAAAGAGAAUAUGUGCAACAUAAUCAAUGAAUCUGAAGAAAAUAAUGAAGAAAAAAAAACAAAAUAUUUAAAAAUAAAUGAUUUUUUUUAUUUCAAUAUUUAUUUAAUGAAUAAUAAAAAUUUUGUAAAUUUUGUAUUAACUUAUAAUUUUUUUGAAAAUAAAAAUAUAUAUAUUUGUAUACUCAAACAUUUGAGCAGAAUAUUUAAAAACUUAACACUUAAUGAUAUAAUAAAAAUAUUAGAUAAAGUUAUAGAAAAAAAUAAAAAUGCUUUUUCUCAUUUAUAUGUUAAAGGAGAAGAUAUUUCUAAUUUAUAUACCCAUUUGUGUAACAAUAUAAUUAAAUUGAAUAACUUAGAAUUAAUAACUUUUUUAAAAUGUUGCUGUUAUACUACUAAUGAAUAUCCUUAUGAACAUAUUAAAAUUAUAAUCUACUUCAUUUCAUCAAAAAAUUUAAACAAUAUAGAUUUAAAUCUUUUACACGAUAUAUGUAAUUGUUUGAUUAAAAUAAAAAACGAUUUCAAAAUAAGAAAAUUAAAUUAUGAUGAAUCUCUUCAUUUGAAGAUAGCUGCACAUUUAAAAAAUCAAAUUCUAAAUGUAGAUUUUCAAAAUUUUUUUCAAAUUCUUCAUAUGUAUAUAAAUAUGACAAAAGAUAUUAAAGAUAUAGAAAAAUAUGAAAAUAAAAAAUUUUUAAGUGAAGCAAAUUCUCAUCAUGAAUUUGAAAGUAUAAAAGAAAUUUUGAAUAAGGAAAAAAAUGAAACAGUUAAUAAUAAAAAUUCAAUAGAAAUAGAGGAAAAAAAUAUACAUAAUAAUAAUGAUUUACAUUUGAUAAAUAAAACACAGAUAUCAAAAAACUAUAGUGAUAAUCAUCAAGAAGAGAAUUAUUUAUAUAAUAAUGACAUAGAUAAUUUGAAAAAUAACUGUAAAUUGAUAUUAUUAAAUAAAAUAAAUGAAAUAAAUAAAGAAAAUGUUUUAUCAUCUGUAAAUAUAUUUAAAUGGUUAAAUAUAAAAGAUUCUUAUAUAUUUACACAUAUUUGUGAGAUUUUUUUUAAACAUAUUUUGCUUUACGAUACUAAAUAUGUUGUAAGAUUUUUAAGGAAAUGUCACAGUUUAAAAUUUGAAAAAGGUAUAAAAAAUAAAAAGAAUAAAGAAGAACAAGAAAUAGAAGAAAAAAAAAAAAUAAAUCAAUUUAAAGUAUCAGAUAAUGAUAAGACAAAUGAUGAUAAAUUUAAUGAAUCAAACGAUAACAUAGAGCAAAUAGAAGGAAGUAAUUUAUUUCUUCAUUUUUUAAAUGAAAAAGUAUAUAAACUUAGUAUAGAAGAAUUAAAUAGCAUUACGUAUUGUUUAUAUGUAUUUGUUGAAAAUAUGAAACAAUUUUCUCAUUUAAAUAAUUUAAAAAAUAACAUGAAUAUAUUGUUUUCUAUGAGUGUUCAAUAUAUUUCAAACUUUAUUGAAAAACACGUUUUAUACAACAAUAAUAUUAUUUCAUCAAAAAAUUACUAUAUGGAUAGUAUAUAUUAUGAACAAGAUAAAAAACUAAAAACAAAUUAUGAUAUUAAUAUGAAUAUUGAUUAUAUUUAUAUUUCUUCUAAUGAUAUUUAUAUAAAUAAAUUUGAUGAAAACUAUUAUUAUGAUAAAAAUAUUAAAUUAGUAUUUGAUACAUUAUUAAAUAUAAGUUACUUUAACAUUAGCAAAAAUCACAAAAAAAUUAAAUUGGUAUAUGAAUCCAUUAAUAAGAUAAUUGAUAAAAAGAAUAAAAACAUAGAUGUAAAUAAUUUGUUAAGUAUAUUAAUGAUUCUGUCAAAUUUGUAUCUAAAAACAAAUGAUAAUUAUAUUUUUCACAAUUAUAAAAAAAUUUUAGAAUUAUUAGAAUAUAAAAAAAAUGAAGUUAAUGGUCAUCAUUUUAAUAAAAUAGCUGUUGCUUUAUCACCAAUACUUAAUGAAGAAAAUAAAAUGAUUCCUAAAUAUUCUGAAUUUUUAAUUUUUUUUGUUGAAAAUAAUAUUGUUCCAUUAAGAUCUUGUGUUUUUUUGUUACAAAAUAUUAUGAAAAAUAUUAACAUUAAAUUAAAUGAACACCUAAUUUUACUUAAAUUAUCUAUCAUAAAUAGAAUAAACAUUUUUUUAACAGAAACAUAUAAUUACAUUCAAACAAUGUAUGAAGAUGAAGAUUUAAUUCAGAAUAAUUUUAAAAAUUUCAUACUUUUACAUUCAAUCAAUGAGAAUACUCUAAUAUGUGUAAUUACUAGUCUAUCUAUAAUUUUGCAGAAUUCUAAAUAUGGUACUAAUAUAAAAAAUGAUACAGUAAUAUUAAUUCAAAAAAUAGUUAAAUUUUUAUCAAAGAAUUCUUUUCAAAGGUUUCCUAAAAAGCACAUUUCAUCAGAACUAUUAGAAGUGUUGUCAUCAGAAUACGAAGAUAUUAAACAAAUAUUAUUAAAAAAAAUAUAA